GAUGGCUAAAUUCAUGAGAUCACAAAGGGGAGUGACGCAGAUAUUAUAGAUGCCCCACCAUUUCUAUUAAAUCUACAGGAAUUCAAAUGUCUAAUCUGUAAAUGUCUAAUCUCCCUCAUUUUACGAGAAUAAAUAGUGAUUUAAAAGAAGAACAGAUGAAUUGUCGGACUGCUCUGCUCGGGAUAUGCUAACGCCGUUCAUGUUGGAGGUUGCUGCUGUCCACCGCGAGGAUUAGAUGGGAUAGCCAACACGAGAUAUGCCGCAGCCCAAAUCACGAAAAAUCGCCAUUCUCGGGUACAGAUCCGUAGGAAAGUCCUCGCUAACGAUUCAGUUCGUGGAAGGCCAGUUUGUCGACUCCUAUGACCCAACGAUAGAAAACACGUUUACCAAGAUGAUCACGAUAAACGGACAAGAAUACCACCUGCAGUUAGUAGACACAGCGGGACAGGAUGAAUACUCUAUAUUUCCUCAGACCUAUUCCAUAGACAUCAAUGGUUACAUCUUGGUCUACUCUGUCACGUCUAAUAAAAGUUUUGAAGUAGUUCAGGUUAUUCAUGAAAAACUUCUGGAUAUGGUGGGGAAAGCUCAAGUACCUAUUAUGUUGGUGGGAAAUAAGAACGACCUGCACAUGGAAAGGGUGAUCAGCUGUGAGGAAGGGAAGUCACUAGCAGAAUCCUGGAACGCUGCCUUCAUGGAAUCCUCAGCUAAAGAGAACCAGACGGCGGUGGAGGUGUUCAAGAGGAUGAUCCUGGAGGCAGAGAAGCUGGAAGGCGGCGUCCAACCAGGGAAGACUUCCUGCUCCUUGAUGUAGAGCUGCUGAUCAAUCAGAACAGAGAACCGAACACUGCACUGGGAUAUCCCGUUACUUGAAGGCUUCCUGCCAGUACAACUACUACUCUUCAUCUGUCUUCAGCUCUCUUCAGCUCUCUUCAGCUGUUUUCAACUCUCUUCAGCUGUCUUCAACUCUCUUCAUCUGUCUUCAACUGUCUUCAACUGUCUUCAGCUCUCUUCAGCUGUAUUCAGCUGUCUUCAGCUGUUUUCAACUCUCUUCAGCUGUCUUCAACUCUCUUCAGCUGUCUUCAGCUGUCUUAUGCUGUUUUCAACUCUCUUCAGCUGUCUUCAACUCUCUUCAGCUGUCUCAAACUCUCUUCAACUCUCUUCAGCUGUCUUCAGCUGUCUUCAACUCUCUUCAGCUGUCUUCAGCUGUCUUCAGCUGUCUUCAACUGUCUUCAACUCUCUUCAACUGUCUUCAACUGUCUUCAACUGUCAACUCACCAACAGUUUAUUUUGCAGUAUUUCUGUUUGUCUGUUUGUCAUGAAAGGGUGAGUGGCUGUCAUACUGUACAUUUCCCACAAUCCACUUCUCGUCUGUUCUGUGCUCAGCCCUGAUGCGAAAUUGAGACCCACGUCCAGAAAUAACCCCUAGACUCUACACCCUUACCCUAGUCACUUCUCCCUUAGCCCCUAGCAUCCAGGGGGUGGGGUUUAAGGUCUGUUUCUGUAGCCUUGUUUGACCAUCCUGAUCUUGCAAAAGUACAGCGGUCAGGAUGGUAGAUCAGACUCCUGUUUCUCAUAAAGAUGUAUCAGAAACUAUGUCUGGCUUGGGGCUGGGGCUGGGGCUUGGGGCUGCACAGGUGUCCAUUCUGACUUUAUGGUGGAAAGGUGAUUAUGGAAGAUCAGAGAUGUUCAACCUCCUCAUAUUAGAGAUAAUAUAAAGACAAAACAUUCCCUUUCUAUUGAAUUGUGUUUUUAAUAUUUUUAUUUAAUCAAUGAUUGUUUUCUCUUCACAUAGCUCUAUCCAUGGAAUUAGUCCAGUGUGCCACCAGGAUGGAGAAAGCAUGCCAUGGUUGUUUUUACGCAUACUAAGCUGUUAGUGUAUUCAAACAGACCCCGUUUCAAAGGAAACAAGCACUCAUUAGGAUCAGGUGUAGUUAAUUAGUGGGCGUAGACUACACACCUGACCACACUUAACAAGAUACAGGAUAGAGAGAGUUGUGUUGAUGCAGAGAACGGAAUGUAUGUUUUUAAAUAACAUUCUUAGAACAUUCUCUUAACGUUACUAAAGUUUUCUGUGGUUUUUAUGGAACUUUUGGAACAAUUUGAGAACAUGACUUUAAAUAAAACCGUGAGGAAACCUGUAUUUUACGUUAUGCUGAAGUACUGAAAUUCCCACAGAAGAACGUUGUUUCUUAACCUUCUCUGAACUAUUUUAAAAUGUCAAACCAGUUGGAGAACGUUUCUAGAACAUUACCAAAAUUGAAAUGAAAUGUAACCAUGUUUGACAUUUUAGGAAGAGUUCUGUUAAAGUAAUGAAAUACCAAGAAAAUACAAUUUUUGAAGUUCCAUAAUUGUGGUGAGAAUGUUCCAAAGCCAAUCAACUACCCUGCACAAUUCCCAGAACGUUGUGGGAAGGUUGUAUACAAAAUAACCAUAGGACAACCACACUCUCACCAAGCACUAAGAAACGUUCUCAGAACGUUGUGGGGGUAGCUGGGCUCUGUCAUUGUUGUCAUUGUCAAUCCGUACAUCACUAAAACUUAUAGUAAAUCUUCCAAUAAACUUCAGGGAGAAUCCUAACUUCCUUAAGUAAAAUUUUCACCUAGUCUCGUGAACAUUCAGUUAAUGUGGAAGUUAAGAUUUGUUCUUUAGUCAUUUCUGAUGCGUUAGUAGCUGUUCCUCUUGUCCCUCUAAUACACAGCUCUUUCUUUAUCUACUUCAUUUUCCCCCAUAAUGUUGUCAGUCAGAUGUUCCCCCCCAUAGCUGUUUUUGUCGUCAAGACAAAAUAUCUGCAUCGUAUUUUCUAAUGUUGUACAAAAGUGUUUUUUGAUUGUAAUCAUUAAAGCAAAAAGUGAUUCUUUA